AUGCUCGGCCUAAAUUUCACCGCGACACGCACGCAAAUCGCAUCCUACCUAUUCGGCGUCGCGCUCUUCAGCAUCGCCUUCCUUGUGUUCCUGAACAGCAGCAUCAGCUUCGUCAUCACACAGCGCAUUGGACAGAGCAAGAAUGUCGGCGGGGCGGUAGGCACGUUGGGGUUCGUGGAUGAGCUGGUCGCGCUGGUCGCGUGUCCCGUCUGGGGGCUGCUGAGCGACAGGGUGGGAGUUAGGGCUGUUGCGGUGGCGGGGUACGUGGUUGUGGGUGUGAGCUUGUGGGUGUUGGUCCAGGCGAGCAACGUCUACCCGCAGCUGCUGCUGGCGAGAGUGCUGUUCAGUCUGGGAGGGAGCGCGACGGCGACCAUGGUCACUGCAAUUCUGCCGAGUAUGACGGUUGUUAGGGAGGCCAAACCAGAUCCCCGAAGCCCUACGCUGAGGCGUGUCGCCAAUGGCAGUCGGCAUGCUGGCGCGGCUUCUAUCUCUUCGGAGCUUACGAUUACCCCCGACCGCUUUCGCUCCAGCUCUCAAGAACCCGAUGGAGGUAUCCCAGCGAAGAAGAACACCAGCGCAUCUACAUCGCAGCUAGCAGGUUUGGUUGGCAUGUUCACCGGCUGUGGCGCCCUAGUGGCCCUGUUGAUCUUCUUGCCCCUACCUACGCGCUUCCAGCAGGCCGGCGAGAGUCCUGCUGCUGCUGUAGCGGCCGCCUUCUACGUCGUGGGCGCCAUCGCCAUCCUCGUCGCCAUCGGCUGCUUCUUCGGCCUGCGCCAGUUGCCUGGCGAAGAGGAGAAAGGAUGGAGACGUCUUACUGGCAAGGACGAGCCCAAGAGUGCCGAUUCGUACCAUGCACACGACCUCGUCUUGUCAUACCCCUUCCUCUUUCUCGAGAGCGUCCGCCUGGGCUUCAAGUCACCCCUCAUAGGCCUGGGCUACGUUGGAGGGUUUGUCGCACGCGCAUCAUCCGUGGCCAUCUCACUCUUCAUUCCGCUCUUCACGAACCACUACUUCCUCCAAACUGGCGAAUGUGCUGUCGACCCCUCGAACCCCUCCGAUAUAAAACAUGCCUGUCCACAGGCCUACAAGCUUGCCGCCAUGCUCACUGGAAUCAGCCAGCUCAUCGCCCUUCUCUGCGCUCCAGUCUUUGGCUACCUCUCUGGCAAGUAUCCAAGAUACAACCUUCCUCUGCUCCUCGCAGCAGCUUCAGGCGUUGCAGGCUAUGCCAUGUUCGGGUCACUCGCCAGCCCAGACUACAAGAGCGAAAACGGCACAGGCGCCAUCUUCAUCAUUGUUGCAUUGCUUGGCAUAAGCCAGAUCGGCGCCAUCGUAUGCUCCCUCGCACUCCUUGGACGCGGCAUCAACAACGAUGAGCCCAGCGCGGACGGUUCUACGAUUGAUUCAACAGCCCCAAGUUACCACCCCUCGGCAGGUGCUACACCGCCCACCAGUGCGCCCAUUACGCCUGUACACGAGGAAGAGCCGCUCUUACCUCAGAACCAAAGCUAUAGCACAUCAAGACCUAGUUCUCCUCUGGAGUCGAAAUCCUACAAUGAUAUGAAGGGCUCAAUAGCUGGGACGUAUAGCCUGCUUGGCGGCUUUGGAAUAUUAUUGUUGACCAAACUGGGAGGUGCGCUCUUCGAUAGUACAGGGCCGGGAAGCCCAUUUUAUAUGAUGGCAGCUUUUAAUGCGGUGCUGCUUGUUGUUGGUAUUGUCGUGGGUGUGAAACAGAUCGCACGGCGGUAG